CGGGGAGAGUCCAGCUUAUCUGUGCUUGUCCAGGCAGGGACCGGAGGGGUGCCAGGUUUCGAUUAGCAUGACAUAGUUGAUACGGAUUGCUUAUGGACUGUGGAAAAGGCCCAGGGACCAACCAGGGCUGCUAAAGGGCCUUGAUGGGUCCUCCAGGCGAAACAGGAAUGAGGCAUGGCGCCUGCCGUCCCCACAACCACCCGCUUGGGCUCGGGGCACACUCAGACUCUCACAACCGCACACAACGCAUCUAUCCAUCUACAUUCUCUCCCUCCCUCUCUCUCUCACACACACAUACACGCACAUGCACACGCACAGCUGACCCUCCGGCAGUGCUCAGCUGAGAGAGCUCUGAACACUGAGGGAGUAGCACCAAGUAAGUGGCUGCCAGCUCAUGCCUGCCCCUCCAAGACCCUUCCUCUGCAGAAAAAAAAGAGGUCCAGAGGGCAUCUUGCAAAGUCCUUCAGAGGUCCCGGGGCAGGAAAUCGCCGUCUUCGGGUCCUCGGGGCAGGCCCCUCCCGGGGGCGUGGCCUCAUCGGGGAAGGUGCGGCUGCAGGGAGAGGGAGGCGGGGCCGCCCAGUCCAGAGGGCAUCUUGCAAAGUCCUUCAGAGGUCCCGGGGCAGGAAAUCGCCGUCUUCGGGUCCUCGGGGCAGGCCCCUCCCGGGGGCGUGGCCUCAUCGGGGAAGGUGCGGCUGCAGGGAGAGGGAGGCGGGGCCGCCCAGAGCCGCCUUCUUAAUGGAAGUAUUCCCAUCCCAGGUCACCCUGCAAAAGCUGAAGGCACAGGAAUAUGUCCAACAGAAGAGGGAACUCCUGGCCCUCUACAGGGACCAGGACCAGGAGUCUCUGAGCACCAGGCCCUCCACGCCUUCCCCAGAGGGCUCUCAGAGCAGCGUGGAAGGGAGGAAUUCUGAGUUCUGCACCGUCAUCCCCCACCUGGUGGUGACGGACGACACGGAUGAAGACAUUCCCUCGGUACCAGAUGACACCUCAGACUCUGGCUACAGCACUCUGAUCCCAGUCUCCCCCAAGGAGUCCCACUCCCCACUGAGCCGGCUGCGCCCGUGGGCCCUUCGGCGGCACCCCGGCUUCACCCUCUCCGCCCUGGACCUCCGGGAUGUUACUUUGCGCCCCCAGCCUCCUGACCCCCAAGCUCCCCAGCGCCGAAGCACCCCUGAACUGCCAGGGGAAGUUAUCCGAAGAGGAAGCAGUCUUCCCAGGGGAGAGCGGCCCGCCUGGUCUGAGGAAGAUGGGACCUCGGUGGGAGGGAACGUGGUAGUGGAGACCUUGCAUAGGGCCCAGCUUCGGGGGCAGCUCCCACACUCCCCGACCCACGCUGACUCUGCUGGGGAAAGCCCCUGGGCAUCCUCAGAGGACGAGGAAGAAGAGGGGCCCCUCUUCCGGAGACCCUCCCCUGGCCCCCUCAGUGCUGAGGACAUGCUCAGAGAGAUCCGGGAGGAACUGGCCAGCCAAAGGAUCGAGGGCAGCCCGGAGCCUGGGGACAGUGGGCCUCGGAAGCUGACUCGGGUCCAAUUGCAGAGGAUGCGUGGGCCCCACAUCAUACGGCUGGACACCCCCCUGUCCACAUCAGAGGUGUGAGGAACACGCAGGACCUUUGGUUUGGCAUUGCUUCCCGAGGAAAUCUCUCUCCCAAGAGUGCUGGUCACCACCACCCCGCCCCCCAGGACUGCACCUCAAGGUCCACACUCCCCAUGAGGAAGCCUGGCCCGGGAUACCCCGGGCAUCCUACUCUAAGAACUCUGGGGAUCAAGCACUGUACAUUGUGUACCAUAGACACCGAAGCCCCACAUAAAGUUGUGCAUAAAAAUGA